AUGCUCUCUCUUCGAAUCUUGAGAAACCAUGGAUCCCCUCAAUCCACCCACAUUUCUCAUCUCUACACCCUCAUCCUUCUCCGACCCCUCUCCUCCGAUUCACCACACUCCUCCGCCGCCGCCUCCACAACCGCCGCCGGCGAUUCAAACUCUCUGGUCAGCACAAUCUGCUCCAUGGUCAACAAAUCCUACUCCCAUCAAACCCACUACAUAUCCUCACCUCCGUCACUCAAUCUCGACCUGAACCCCGAAACCCUAACCCACGAACACGCCAUCUCCGUCGUGGCUGCGCUCGCCGACGAGGCCGGGUCCAUGGCGGCUCUCAGCUUCUUCUACUGGGCGAUAGGAUCGCCCAAGUUCCGAUACUUCAUGAGGCUCUACAUCUUCUGCGCCGUGUCGAUUUUCGGCAAUGGCAACUUGGAGAGGACCCAUGAGGUGGUGGAGUGUAUGGUCAGGAGUUUCAGUGAGAUUGGGAGAUUUAAAGACGCCGCCGAUAUGGUUUUUGAGAUGCAGAACCAGGGGCUUGUGUUGAGUACUCGGACUUUGAACUGUGUUAUCGGCAUUGCUUGCGUAAUGGGGAUGAUGGAGUAUGCAGAGAACGUGUUCGACGAAAUGUCUGUGAGGGGUGUGUGUCCUGAUGGGUUGAGUUUUAAGUGUAUGGUUGUGGGGUACUGUCGGAACGGCGCAGUGUUGGAAGCGGAUAGGUGGUUGGGGAGGAUGAUUGAGAGGGGGUUUGUUUUGGACAAUGCUAGUGUUACUUUGAUUGUGAAUGUGUUUUGUGACAAGGGGUUUGUGAGUAGGGCGUCAUGGUGUUUUGAUAAGAUGAGUAAGAUGGGGGUGAGGCCGAAUGUGGUUAACUUUACGGCGCUGAUAAAUGGGUUGUGUAGGAGGGGGAGUGUGAAGCAAGCGUUUGAGAUGUUGGAGGAGAUGGUGAGGAGGGGUUGGAGGCCGAAUGUGUAUACGCAUACGGCGUUGAUUGAUGGGUUGUGUAAGAAAGGGUGGACGGAGAGGGCAUUUAGGCUGUUUUUGAAGCUGGUUCGGAGUGAGAGUUAUAAGCCGAAUGUGCAUACUUAUACUGCGAUGAUUAGUGGAUAUUGCAAGGAGGAGAAGAUGAGUCGUGCGGAGAUGUUGUUGAGCAGGAUGAAGGAACAAGAUUUAGUUCCUAACACCAAUACAUAUACUGCUCUCGUUUCUGGGCAUUGUAAAGCUGGGAAUUUUGAAAGAGCGUAUGAGUUGAUGGAUGUAAUGAGGGAAGAAGGAUUUGCUCCGAAUAUAUGCACAUAUAAUUCAGUUAUGGACAGUCUCUGUAAGAAGGGGAGGGUCCAAGAAGCUUAUAAACUGAUUAAGAAGGCGUUUCGCCAAGGAUUGGAGGCGGAUAGAGUCACGUAUACCGUAUUCAUAUAUGAGCACUGCAAACGGGGUGAUACUAAUGGAGCACUAGCUUUUUUCAAUAAGAUGGUCAAGGCUGGAUUGGAGCCGGACAUGCAUUCAUAUACCACUUUGAUUGCUGCCUUCUGCAGGCUAAAGAAAAUGACAGAAAGUGAGAAACUUUUCGAGGUGGCGGUAAGGCUUGGCUUGACUCCAACCAAGGAGACCUAUACAUCUAUGAUAUGUGGAUACUGUAGGGAUGGAAACAUUGUUUUGGCAGUGAAGUUCUUCAACAGAAUGAGUGAUCAUGGUUGUUCCCCGGAUAGUUUUACUUAUGGUGCUCUAAUAAGUGGGCUCUGCAAGGAGGAGAAACUUGAUGAGGCUCGCAAGCUAUAUGACACCAUGAUGGACAAGGGGCUGGCCCCCUGUGAAGUUACUAGGUUGACAUUAGCUCACAAGUAUUGCCAAAAAGAUGACUAUGCCACUGCUAUGGUCAUCUUAGACAGGCUAGAAAAGAAGUUCUGGAUCCGCACGGUUAAUACAUUAAUCAGAAAGCUUUGUUGUGAGAAAAAAGUGGGAAUAGCAGCAUUGUUCUUCCACCAAUUAGUUGACAAGGAUCAGAAUGUGGAUCGUGUGACAUUGCAAGCGUUUAUGACUGCAUGUUAUGAGAGCAACAAGUAUGCUCUUCUUUCGGAUUUGACGGAGAGAAUUUCUAAAGGGAUUGGCUAGCAGCUCAAAUCCAAUCAAAGAAAUGGCUGUUUGGCUCUCAAACUUGGAUAGCCUUCAAAAGUUGGACAAUUGAUGCAGUCGGCUGGAUCAUUCUCCAAAGAGUUCCAUAUUUCUCCAGGGUAAGCUAGGAGGAGCAACCAGCCGGCUAAGCCAGUAAUUGUUCAUGUGAUAUGAGAACUGAGAAGGUUUGUACUGUAACUUAUAACUGUAGAACACUAGAACAAGCGUGUCUCUUGAAAUCCCAGUCAUAAGAGUCCCACGUGCGUUGCACGUGUGGUUCCAGAGGUCAACAUUUCAUUUUCGACCCAAACAUGUUGACUAAAAUUUUGUUUCCUUGUUAGUGGCGAAAAACGAAAUUUGAUGCAAGAAAUAAAAUGUAAUUGAAUUAAAGGCAGAGAGUGCUAUAUUGACGAGACAUGAUCAUGAUGUUUGGUCUUUGUUAAGCACUUGGCACCAACAACUUGAUCUUUACUCUCUGCCUCAAACUAAGCUCAACUUCAGGCUCAGAUCUCCUCC